AUGAGGAAGCAAAUUUGGGUAGUAGAGGUUGCACCAUCAGCCUUCAUUUAUCCCCUCAAGGCCUCGAAUGCGCCUAAACUCGAGACAAUCGUUGAAGAAAGUUCCGAAAAUACGAACAUCACAUCGCAAAAGGCUAUCUACCUUGUGCCCGCGCCGCCCCUCCAGAUGGGCGAACUUCAUUUCCAACGCCCCUUUUCUCUCCCGCCUCCGCCGUUACCUCCCCUCCAUCCGCCGUCCUCAACCCGGGACGACGCCGUUCCUCCGCUGUCCUCACUGAGGGACGACCCUCUUGCUUCGCCGCCGCCGCAUCCUUUCGAUCCCAGCCAGUGGCCACCGCACGUGCUCGCGCAGUCUGGCGCGUCGCGCUGUCAUCGCAAGUCGCACCGGGCAUGA